AUGAGCAUGUACAAUGAGAUCUACGAAAUACUUCUUUUGCUAAAAUUACAUCCCAUAGACGAUGUCUUGCUUCUACUCAAGUGGAAGUCAUAUGUCAUAUAUUUGUCUAUAUUUCUGAUAUGCUCCUUACUCUUGAAGACAACUUUAUGCAGGAUAUCUGUGACUUUUGUUGAGAAGGACGGUGAGGAAAAGCUUAUAAAAGUCCCUAUUGGAAUGUCUAUGCUAGAAGCUGCUCAUGUGAACGACAUUGAACUUGAAGGAGCAUGUGAAAGCUCACUUGCGUGUUCAACUUGCCAUGUUAUAGUCAAGGAUGUAGAAUAUUACAAUAAAUUAGAAGAUGCUACGGACGAGGAAAAUGACAUGUUGGAUCUAGCUUUUGGGCUUUGUGAAACAUCACGUCUCGGUUGCCAAGUGAUUGCUACACCCAAGCUUGAUGGAAUUCGUCUAGCUCUUCCUUCUGCCACUCGCAACUUUGCUGUUGAUGGUUACGUGCCGAAACCACACUAGUUAUUGCUGGAAGUUUUUUGGGGGUAAUGCAAAGAAUGCAGCCAUCUCAGUUUUGUAGCUUCGCACCAAGUUAGAUAAAUGAGCUUUUUUGAUCUUAAGCAUUUUUCAGCACUGAGUUUAGUCGUGAUCGCCAAGCUCUUCUGUAUGACAGAUCAGAGAGAUGAUGGUGGAAUUUCGACAAUACAAUUGCUUACCAAU